AGGGUGGCGUCGGCCGUUUUGCGGGAGUGCGGUGUUGUGAGUCGUCUCAGCCGGACAAGCGGGACUGGAAGGAGGAUCCAUGGAGGACUACUUGAAAAUAGAGAAGAUCGGAGAGGGUACAUAUGGGGUGGUGUACAAGGGCAAACACAAGGCCACGGGUCAAAUUGUGGCCAUGAAGAAGAUCCGGUUAGAGAGUGAGGAGGAAGGCGUUCCUAGCACUGCUGUCAGAGAAAUCUCUCUCCUCAAAGAGUUGCAGCAUCCCAAUGUCGUUCGAUUGCUGGAUGUUCUGAUGCAGGAGUCCCGUCUUUAUCUAAUCUUUGAGUUUCUGUCUAUGGACCUUAAGAAAUACCUGGAUUCUAUCCCCUCUGGGCAGUAUAUGGACCCCAUGCUAGUCAAGAGCUACCUUUACCAGAUCUUGGAGGGCAUCCACUUUUGCCACUGUCGUAGAGUGCUACACAGGGACCUGAAACCUCAGAACCUUUUGAUUGACAACAAAGGAGUCAUCAAACUGGCUGACUUUGGCUUGGCCAGGGCCUUCGGAGUGCCUGUUCGAGUCUACACACAUGAGGUUGUCACGCUGUGGUACCGGGCUCCUGAGGUCCUGUUGGGUGCAGCUCGUUAUUCAACCCCAGUAGAUAUUUGGAGCAUCGGGACCAUCUUUGCAGAGAUGGCUACAAGGAAACCUUUAUUCCAUGGAGACUCAGAGAUAGACCAACUGUUCAGGAUCUUUAGGACGCUGGGUACCCCUAAUAACAACGUAUGGCCUGAUGUUGAGUCCCUGCCUGACUACAAAAACAGCUUCCCCAAGUGGAACUCUGGCAACCUGGCUUCCAUGGUGAAAAAUCUGGAUAAGAAUGGCCUCGAUUUGCUGGCUAAAACGCUCACCUACAACCCUCCCAAGAGGAUUUCAGCGCGUCAAGCGAUGACCCACCCGUAUUUUGAUGACUUCGACAAAUCUACCUUGCCCUCCAGCAAUGUCAAGAUUUGAGUUCCCGUGUGUAUUUGUAUAUAUAUAUAACCCUUAUAUUCUUGCUUAUUUUGUAAAUAUUGUGGAAAUGUGUACCGUUGUCAUA